AUGGCGGACGGCAAUAUUACGUUUUUUCUGGAGAAGUUGGGCAACCUGGUUGUACAAGAAGCAUCCCUCUUCGGAGAGGUUGAAGGGCAAGUGAGGCUGCUGCGAAAUGAGCUGGAGUGGAUGCGCCUCGUCCUGGAAGAUGCAGAUAUAGAUACAAAAUGCGACCAUGACAAAAGACUCAAGCUGUGGGUGAAUCAGAUCAGGGACGUAGCUUAUGAUGCUGAAGAUGUCAUCGAUGAGUUCAUGUUCGAGAUUGAACACCAACGGCAGCGGAGACCCAAUCGGUUCUUGCCCACAUGCGUGAGAUUUGCUGACAAGUUACCAUUUAUCCAUGAGCUUGAUGGCCGGAUAAGAGAGAUCAAUAUCACAAUUGAAAAGAUUCUGGCUAAUAAAGACAGGUACAACAUCAAAAGUGGAAUCCCUUCUGAAGCUGGGAGCUCUUCCAGUACUGAAGGGAUGGUGCAAAGAGAGAAAAGGGUUCCAAUUGUUGAGGAAGCGGACGUAGUGGGCAUGACAGGGGAGGCGGAAGCAGUGAAGCAAAUGCUGGUGGAGGAAGAGUCAGAGAGCAGAGUGGUGGCCAUCGUGGGGAUGGGUGGCCUUGGCAAAACUACUCUUGCUAAGAAAGUCUACAACCACAUUGAAGUUAACCGCCACUUUGAAUGUCGCGCUUUGGUGUAUGUAUCUCAAGAUUAUAGAAUCCGGGAGCUUCUGAUGGGGAUAGCCUACUGCAUCAUGACUAAUCUCAGCCCUAAAAGAAAAACUGAAAUUAGUAAUAUGGUUGAGAAUCAGUUGGGGGAGGAGGUUAAUGGUUACCUCAAAGAUAAAAGGUAUUUGAUAGUGUUGGAUGAUGUAUGGAGCAUCCAAGUUUGGCAUGGAUUGCGUUCGCAUCUUCCUGAGUCAAACAAGAGAAGAGUGCUCAUCACUACACGCGACCAACAAAUUGCUUUGGAUGCCUAUGCAAAGCCCUAUGAACUUCGUCCUUUAGGUGAAAAAGAGAGUUGGGAGCUCUUUCUCAAGAAAACUUUUCCGAUUGGAAGUACAUCACCAGGUGUAUGUCCUGCAGAGUUGGAAGAUCUGGGAAAGAAGAUUACAGAGAAAUGCAAAGGCUUGCCUCUAGCCAUUGUGGUAUCAGGAGGGCUUCUAUCAAGAAAAGAGAAGACGAAAUCUUCAUGGGCGAAAAUACUUAAAAGCAUGGAGUGGCAUCUAAGUCAAGGCCCCGAGUCAUGCUUGAGAAUUCUUGCUUUGAGUUAUAGUAACUUGCCUUACUUCUUGAAGUCUUGCUUUCUCUACUGCGGUGUUUUUCCGGAGGACUGCCAAAUUAAGGCAAGCAAAUUGAUGCAGAUGUGGAUUGCAGAGGGAUUUGUACAAGGAAGGGGUGAAGAAAUGGUGGAAGACGUAGCUGAAGAGUAUUUAGAAGAACUGAUUCACAGAAGCAUGAUUCAGGUGGCCGGAAGAAAAUGGGAUGGAAGAGUGAAGUCUUGUCGCAUCCACGAUCUGCUUCGUGACCUCGCUAUUUCAAAAGCCAAAGAUUCAAAAUUUUUUGAGCUUUGUGAUGAUUCCAUUUUCAAUUUGGAAGUUGCACCAAUUGAAACAUCUACACACUGGCUUUGGCAAGAUCUUAAGGCAGCCGAUAAUGGAGAGGUGCUUUAG